AUGAACAAUUUGACUUAUUACGACGUAUCGUCGGACGAGGAGCACUCGAGUCCUGCACUGCAGGAAGAAAACAAACAGGUUGUUGACAACCCGGACAGCGAUCUAGAAUCGAUCCUCGGAAGUAUUUACGGAGAUUUUGAUCUUUCGGACAUCGGUGAUUCCAAAUUAGAAUCGAUUAAGGGGGAACUUGCAUCAAAAGACCCAAUCGAAAGUGACAUUGAGAUCAAUCAAGCGUAUAAGGACAUCCUUGGCGAGGAUCCUUCCGUACCGAAAUGUCUGGAUUUAUCUAUCCAUCAGGUAAUCUUACCGAGGCUUAAGUUUUGGUUAAAAAAAGGCCUCCCUUGGAAAGUGUCAGAUGAAUUGCUGACAAAAUAUAAAAGGAAUGAUUUAUUGGAGGCUCCGAAGAUGAAUUCUGUCAUCGAGUCAAAAAUGACAGCUGCGGCACAAAAAAAGGGAUGGUUACAAAAAGCUUGUGCAGAAUGCGAUUGGAUCGGCUUUGAUGGCAGUAGGAUCCGUUCUUUCUACACUGAUUGUAGAGGAUGAAAGCAUCGACCCCACGCCGAUAUUCGAAAAUCUUUUUGAUGCCUUUAAGAUUUUGUCUGACGUUCAUUACAAGCAAUCAGUUACCAGGAGGGCAACGGUGACGCCCGGAUUCAAUAAAUCCGUGAAAGAAAUUUUGGGCACAUCCAAGCCAGACGAAUUCCUCUUUGGGAGGGACCUAGUAGACAGACUAAAACAGGC